AUUCAUUCCCCACAGCAUCUCCAGAUCUCCAAAUUCGCUUAAGAGAACGCCAGUUGAAACCACGCCAAACACCAUCAUCUGUUCGAAAGAGAGGAGAGAUCGGCGAUGUCGAAGCCCGACCACGAGUCGCUGAGCUACGUGGACGAGGAGGCGAAGCGCAAGAAGAGGAUGAAGUGGACGAUCGGCAUCACUGCCUUCGUCAUCUUCCAGGUCGUCCAAGCCCUCUUCUUCGUCCUGGUCAUCAUGAAGUUCAAGUCCCCCAAGUUCAGGGUCGGCGAGUUCGAUGUCCAGACCCUGAGCAUCGGGACUCAGGCCUCGCCCUCGUUCGACAUGAGCUUCGUUGCUCCCAUCCGGAUCAAGAACACCAACUGGGGUCCCUUCAAGUACGACGCGACUGCAGUCAACUUCACUUACGGAGGCGUUCAGGUAGGGCAAAUGAUGAUUCCAAAGGGCAAGGCCAACUUCAAGUCCACCAAGAAGAUCGAUGUGAACGUGAACUUGAGCUCCGAUGCUUUGCCGAGCAGUUCGAAUCUCGGGAGCGAAUUGAGCUCGGGGUUGAUAACGCUGAACAGUCAAGGCGAGCUCAAAGGGAAGGUGACGGUCAUGUUCAUGUUCAAGAAGACGAAGACGUCCCAGAUGAACUGCACCAUGGCUAUCAGUACAGCAACGAACGCGGUCCAAUCCUUGUCAUGUAAAUGAGAGAUGCGAGUGUGUGAUUUUUUUUAAAAUUUUUUCGAUAUGUCAGGUUGAAUUAUUUAUUUUAAUGAGUAUUAUUUUUCAUUUAA